GUUGGUUGUUGAAAUCAUCUUACUACAGACUAGUAAUUUUUGGGGCUCGCUCGAGGAAACGUAUAAAGGGAAUUUUUUUUUUGCGUAAAACUGAUUUAAUAAAUGAUUCCGUGUAUUUUAAGCAUGUGGCUAAUUGGUUAUAAUUGCAUAAGAGAAUAGCGUCAGACGAUUUGUUCAGUAGAUUAAAUUAGUCUGGUUCACUGUUACUGUAUUAUACUGUAACUACAGGACGAACAGAAAGAGCCUGAACUGUCGGGUACCUGGUUAAGUGAAUAUACAGCAGUGUACAGUGGAGUAAUGGGAGCACACAGGAGUGAGGGACGGAGAGAGUGGCUUCAACAGGACGCUGGUGGGCAGCAGCAGGUUCAGUCUAUGAACCCCUGGAACAUCAUGAUCAAGCACAGACAGGUUCAGCGCAGGGGUAGACGCUCACAGAUGGCUGUGAGUUAUACAGAUCCUGUCAUUUCUAUGGAUCUCUUGCGGACUGUGCUGCAGCCCAGCUUCAACGAUGACAUUUUGGCAGUCUUUAAAAAAUAUAUGAAGUUUUUUGAGAAGGCAGCAAGCAACGUGAAGGAGAAUGUAGGGGAGGACGUUCAAACGGAUCAGCUCAUCAAAGAGGCGUGUCGAAACUGCUUGGAGCAUGCCAAACUGCUCUUCCCAGAUGCAGAGAAAACUGCACAAAGACCUCUCUUCGAUCCCUCUAUAAAGCGCUCACGGCAGAUGGAGGAUGAUUCCAGCCAAAGAGGAAGCCCAGUCCCUAAAAAGAGGAAGGGACGUCCCCCUCUGCCCACUUUACCAUAUGACCGAUCCAUACCAUACAGUGCUCCGAAUAAGCCUAAAGUAGCUGAGCCAAUAAAACGAGAAGGACCAAAGUGGGAUCCCAUCCGGCUGACUGAAAAAAGCACAUUCGUUUUAGGGUCCAGGGCGAACAAAGCUUUAGGGAUGGGAGGCACUAGAGGAAGGAUCUAUAUUAAACACGCAGACCUCUUCAAGUACGCUGCUGAUGCUCAGGAUAAGCAGUGGCUUGCAGAGAGGCAGCACAUGAGAGCCACAGGUGGAAAGAUGGCGUAUCUACUCAUUGAAGAGGACAUCCAAGACCUUGCUCUAAGUGACGAAUAUAAAGACUGUCCUGAAUUGAAGCUGGAUGAAUUGAAGCCCUUUAUGGUGCCUGUGUGGAUGUUAGAGAAGAUGCAGAAGACGAUGGAAUCUCAGAGAUCUGAGAGGGAUUAAAGAAACAGAGCUUGGCAUCAUAAAUAUUUUUAAGGGUACAAAUACUGAUCCAGAAUGAACUCACUGUCUAUAUACAAAUAACUUGCUUUAAAUAAAUAUAUAUUCCUUGAUAAAUGGCUAGGAUUCUAAUCCGGAAUUUGCAGUCUGAUUCAUGCAAUUCAUAUGGCAUAGUUUUGAAUUGCCCUUUUCACAAGCAGACUAAUCCAGCGGUGUCCAGUCUUAUCCACAAAGGGCCGGUGUGGGUGCAGGUUUUCAUUCCAACCAAGCAGAAGCCACACCUGAUUCCACCUGUUUAAUCAGUUGUUCUUGGCUUUUAGUAGACUCUGGUGUGGCUUCUGAUUGGUUGGAAUGAAAACCUGCACCAUACCGGCCCUUUCCGGGUAAGAUUGGACACCGCUGGAUUAACCUGUUAAGGGAUUAGGUUGUGAUGCACACGUUUAAUAACGUAAAGAAGAUCAUUUCUAUCCUUUAAACUUUUUAUUACAGAAUAGGUUCUUACCUUACUAUCAAGCUUAGCAGUUUUCGCUUUAUGCCCCACAUGCUAGGAGGGUUUGGGUUUAACAACUCAGUAUUAUUAGAGAUCAUAUCUGACAAGUUGUUGUUGUGUUGUGUGUUUUUUUUUUUUU